AUGUGCCGGAAAUUAGAGGAGCAAGAAAUAGACUACGAAACUUUCUUAAUGCUCACCAAAACUGAAUUCAUCUCAUUCGGUAUCAAUCGCACCGAUGCAGGCAUUCUUAGCAGCAUUCAGAAGAUGCUGGAAGAAGAACUUAGGAAAAUUUGA